UUGCCUCGCAAGGGUGUUCUCCCGAGUUGUGCGUUCGGCCGGCUCCGAAGCUUCCCGGGAGUGCCGUUUGUGAGAAGCGGCAGGUGUCCUUUGACUGUUUAAAAUGGCCUUGCGGAAUGUCAACAAGCAUUUGUGGAAUUCCAGUGGACAAGACGUGAACCCUGAUCUUGACAUUGAAAGGAAAACUGCCUCCUUCAGUGUAGAGAGGCUUACCAACAUCCUGGAUGGAGGUGCUGAAAACACCCAGAUCCGGCGGGCAGUAGAUGCAGUGCUCCAGAAUGACCCCGAAUUUAACAGAGAAAAACAGUACUUCCAGAGCCAAAAUGAGAGAUAUGAAGGUGCUGUCAGGCGAUCUGUUUACCUGUCCAAGAAAAUGGAAGAAAUGGGAUGGGCUGAAGAUGGACUCGAACGGAAAUAUUGCUUUAGGGCACUUGGUGAUGACUUGGCAUUUACUGUGCACAAAGUCUUUAUAAAGAGCAUUCUGGGGCUGGGCACAGAUGAGCAGAUCUCCAAGUGGAUCCCCUUGGCGAAAAAGCAUCACAUUGCAGGGACAUAUGCCCAGACUGAAUUGGGACAUGGAACAUACCUUCGGGGUUUGGAGACCAUGGCCACUUUUGAUGUCACCACUCAGGAGUUCAUCCUCAACACCCCAAAGAUCUCUGCCAUGAAGUGGUGGCCAGGAGACUUGGGGAGAACAGCGACUCAUGCAGUGGUUUUUGCGCAGCUUUACCUCAAAGGAAAGUGUUAUGGGAUGCAUCCCUUCAUGGUGCAGAUCCGCAGCCUCCGAGAUCACUCGCCAGCUCCAGGAGUAACCGUAGGGGACAUCGGUCCCAAAAUGAACUUUGAGCAGACUGACAACGGCUACCUCUUGUUGAAGAAUGUUCGGAUUCCAAAGGAAAACAUGCUGGCCCGGUUCUCUCAGGUUCUGUCCGAUGGCCAGUACAUCAAACGAGGAUCUGAAAAGAUUAACUACUUGACUAUGAUUAUGGUCCGUGUGGACAUUAUCCAUGAUGAAGUUGUAAACACUCUGAUGAAGGCUUGCACUAUCGCUGUCCGAUAUUCCGUGGUGCGCCGGCAGUCAGAGUUAAAGCCUGGGGACCCAGAGCCCAAGAUUCUGGACUAUCAGACCCAGCAACAGAAGCUGCUGCCUCAGCUGGCCACAGCCUAUGCCUUCCACUUUGUGUGUGACUACUUGCAGGAAAUCUUCAACAGAGGCUAUGCAGAAACUAAAGAAGGAAAAUUUGAUUUACUACCAGAGCUUCAUGCGCUCGCUUCUGGCAUUAAAGUGAUCACCACAGACUACAGCUCAGCAGGUGUAGAGGUGUGUCGGAGAGCCUGUGGGGGACACGGGUAUUCUCUCCUCAGUGGCCUGCCUUCAUUGUACACUAAACUGGUUGCAUCAUGCACUUAUGAAGGGGAAAACACUGUUCUCCUCCUGCAGACAGCCAGAUUUUUGGUUAAAUGCCUUGGGAUAGCAAAGAGUGGACAACCCAUUCCUUCAUCAGCUGCCUACUUGUCUUCCACGGUCUCUGAGAAGUGCCAAGCCCAGGAAAAAAGAGAUUUCUUCAAUCCAGAUGUUUACACUGAAGCAUAUAAGCAGAGAGCCUUCAGGAAGGUAGAAAAUGCGGCAAUCAAACUUCAGACUCUGAUUCAGUCGGGAACGGCACAGCAUGAAGCAUGGAACUUGUGCUCUGUACAACUGGCGCAGGCUGCUAUGGCUCACAGCCACUACAUUGUAGUGCAAAACUUUGUCAAAGCGCUAGAGAAAUUUGAGGAAGAAUUUCACAUCCAGAGGAUCCUUAAGCAUCUCUGUGACCUCUUUGCAUUACAUGGGAUCUUCUCCAAUAUGGGUGACUUCCUACAGGCCGGUCACCUGUCUGGGAAGCAAAGCGACAUGGUGACCGAAUCUUACCUGGGUCUCCUGGCUGUCAUUCGGCCGGAUGCUGUUCCACUAGUGGAUGCUUUUGACUACUCUGAUGCAAAUUUAAAUUCAGCCAUUGGAAGUUAUGAUGGUCGCGCCUAUGAGCGGCUUUUUGAGUGGGCGAAGAAGUCUCCAACCAACAACCAGGACAACAAGGCCUUCGAGAAGUACUUGAAGCCACUUUUCCAGAAUGCCCUGUCAAAGCUAUAAAAGACGGGGACGAAGCCAAGGAAGCUCCAUUUGCUGCCGCCCUCAACAUAACACCAGCACUUAUGCAAAUACUACAAAGAUGGCACUCUGAACGUGACAUUAUCUAAUGAAAAGAGCUUGACUCUUGAAAGCUUAUAUGCUGGAAACCUUGUUUUGUUUAAGGUGCUACUGGAUUUGAAUCUUGCUGUUCUACUGCAGGCCAACAUGGCUACUCACCUGCAACAUGACAGUGAUUUCUUACAUAGAAAUCGCACAAGUUUAAGGAUUUCUUGCACUUAUGUAAAACAUGAUUUGUAUUUUUGCUAUAUAAAUAAGUCAUGUACCCAAUUGCCUAAAAAGUAAGAUACUUAAAAGCCGCAUGAUAACCUUUUAAAAACAGGCAAACCUUUACAAAUGGUAGGUUUCUGGAAUCCACCUCGUAGCCUUUAAUGGAUGAGUAGAUGGGAUUUAACCUGUUGAUCCUGCUAGAUUCUGAAAAUCUCUCAGGUUGUUCCAAUAUAAUUGCUGCUGGUAGUUAAAUUCACACACACAAACUAGCAGACAUACAAAAGAACUAAAAGUAACCUGCCAAACUACAUAUUGUCAUGCAGGUUCGUCUGGAUUUGUAAUGGUUUUGCAAAUAAAUUGUUAUCCAGCUGGUAUAAGAAAGCGAAGGGGGAGAGUAACAUUGUUCAGUGGUACAGUGCAAUGAGAAAAGUCCCAGACCCAAUUCUUGGCAGUCCCUCUCCCAGACUGACUACAUAGUGUAUCCUAAAUUCCUUGGAAUAAUAGGCUAAAUAAAACUCUCAGGUGAGCAACCUCAAAGGGUCAUUACCAUAAAUCUCAAAAGGGCUGCUUCUGGUAAUAGUAAUAAUCUGGUAUUGGGAUGGGUGCUGGUGGAGCCAGACACCACUGCAGCUUGGCUGAGGCAAUCAAAUAACUUUUUUAGCCAAGGCAAGUCAAACCAGGGCCUUUGUUUUUCUCACACUCAGCUGCUCCAGUGCUACAAGGCAGCUCAUUGUAGCUUUAAAAAUAAAAUACAGCUAUGUACAACUAAAGGUGCUGAUACUGCGUGGUUUCUUUUUGACUAGACAUCAAUAGGUGGCUGGUUUAAAUACUCAAGGCACAAUGUAUUUAGGUAAAGAAUUUUAAGCAUUGGUAUUUUGAAGCAGAGACUGCCGUUCAUAUAUUAAAACAGCUGUAAUAGUUGCUAAUAAAG